AUGGUUCGUUGUGGUGACAGGUGUCGGAGCUUUGGCUUGGCAAUUUAUAACCCAAAGGAAAAGAAGUUUUGCGGUCGGACAUGUAGCAGUUGGGCUCUGAUCUUUGUGUAUUACCUCAUCUUCUACUCCUGCCUUGCUGGAUUUUGGAUUGGAAUGUUGUCAGUCCUCAUCUUUGCAAUGAUAAAUUCAACUGUACCAGCACUAACGGGAAUGCAAAGUCUUCUUAAAUUGAACCCUGGUCUGGGAAUUCUGCCUCCUGUGGAUAGUGAAGGCACUCUCAUCCAACUUACUCUAUUUGAUAGCAAACAAAAGGAGGACUACUUGAAAUUUAUGCAAAGUUACUUGAAGGACUAUUCAAAUUUUUCUUCCAACUGCGAUUUUGAAACGGGAACUAGAAUAGACUCUUCCAUCCUUGAGCCUUGCGAAUUUCCUCUCUCUCUCCUUGGUCCCUGUGCUGAUCCAGCCAAUUACAUAAACACCAAUCAAAACUUUUGCUUUUACCUUAAACUCAACAAGAUCUAUGGCUACCUUCCUGACAUUGAAGGAAACAAGAUUCACGUCAGUUGUGGCCCUGCUAAUUCGUUUGAUGGUGCGAAUUUGGGCAUGCCGGUAUAUUAUCCAUCCGUCAGAACUGAAAACGGAACCUUCGGAUACUUUUCUUCUGUUGCCUUUCCAUACCUUAAUCAACGUCACUAUCAGGUGCCUCUCUUGGCCGUCACCUUUCCUAAAAUCAAGAGCAACACCGUUGUAAUGGUGUCCUGUUCCGUAGUCAACAUACCGAAUCAGGAGCCCUUCCGUUUUGAUUUGGCCAUCGACACGGAUAGGUCAAUUGCUCUAUCUUAG